AUGGACACUAAAGAAGAUACAUUCGUUCACCAAACUCCAGUAAAGAAAAACAAUACAAAAAGUGCCGUUCAAAGUGUAGGAUAUGGUGAAUUUGAAGUUGUUCGAGAGAAGAGGAAUGAAGCUGCAAAUCUGAUUGGACUGAAUCGCACUUCGGUGAAAAGUAGUUCUUAUGCUGCAAAUAGAAAUCGACACUGUGGCCAACAGUUCUCUAAACACCACUUCAUGCCAAGGCAAAGACAGAAUGACGAAAGUGAUGGUAGUCAGAGCCAAAAGAAUGUAGAUGAUAAGCAGCAACUACAACCUCAAAGGCCUUUGCGAAGGCAAUUACGUCAUCCUUACUUCAGGCAAUAUUGUAGUUAUAUAUCCAUAGGACUUCCACGAAACGUUGAACGUGAUGGAAGUGAAGAUGAACAAAAUGAAAGAAAAAACGAACAAAGAGUUUCAGGAGGUGGAAGAGACAAUCACUGGAAUCCCAGACGAUUUUAUCAAAGGUGCUUUAAUAGCAAAACCCACUAUCAUAGGAAUGACACUCAAUGCAGUCAAAGUAGAAUGGAAGGAGAAGCAACUAGUAAAGAUACUGAAGGAAAUGACGAAGAACAGCAGCCACGCGGUCAAGGAUAUAGAUCUUGUCCACUUUACAGAUCAAAAAUGAGUUGUCGAAAGUCCCACCAAGCUGAUUCACGUGCUAAAAACAGAUCUUCGGAGGCCAUCAUUUCCAGAAAUAGAGAAGAUGAUGAUAAUGACGAGGUUGACGACGAACUUAAAGGCCCAAGCGAACA